AUUAUUUUCUCUACAUAUUCUCUUCUUUCUUUCCUUCUUCUCUCUCCAUCUAUCCUUUCUCACACUCUCCAAUACCACUAACUCCCUAACCUCUUCUCUCUGUUCCCUCUAUGGUGAUUUUAACAGCUCUUGCUGGUCACCAUUGUUGAGCUGAACUCUAUUUCUAUCUCCAAGACUCGUUCAUUCUUGAUUUAAUCAUGGCUCUUCUUGUGAUUGCAGUGCUCAUUUUGGCUAUGACCGGCCAUUCAAGUGCCGCAUGGUGUGUUUGCAAGGAAGGUGCUGAUCCAGUGUUGCAGAAGACAUUGGACUAUGCCUGUGGAGCUGGGGCUGACUGUGGCCCUAUCCAUUCAAAUGGAGGUUGCUUCAACCCCAACACGGUUAGGGCUCAUUGCAAUUAUGCUGUAAACAGCUAUUUCCAAAAGAAGGGACAAGCUCCGGGAUCUUGUGAUUUUGCUGGAACAGCAACCCUUUCUGCAUCCGAUCCCAGUUACUCAGGCUGUGCUUACCCUGCUAGCGCCAGUGCGGCAGGCACUCCUAUCACCACUACAAACCCAUCUACAACCACUAAUCCAUCGACCACUAAUCCAACCAACGGCGUGAAUCCAACCAACAAUACUCCAUUCUCGGCAACACCCACUGGAGUAUUGGGAGGAGUUGGCAAUGGCUUAGGCCCUUCCGGCAUCAACACAGAUUAUAGCGAUGGUGUUAGGCUUCACAUCUCUAGCUUGCUCUCCGUUCUCGCAAUCCUCUUCUUCUCUGCCUCAAUGCUCUUCUGGAGUUGAGUAACAAAAAUAGUAGCAGGAAGUAGUGUUUGUUGGUGUGGUGGGGCAUUGUGGCAAGUGGUAAUGCUGGAAAUUCCAUUCUGCACAGAUGGAUAUGCAUGUGAUUCUAGUGCUAUAUGUUUAUCUAAAGGACAUGCUCUUGUUUUGUAUCUUUCUGGUUCUUUGUCUGGAAAAGAUUCGAGUUUUAAAUUUCUUUUA